CUGCUUUGGUUGAAGCAAGUAGCAAGUUGGGGAAUCGGUUUUGAUAACCGUUCUGUGUUGGUUGAAGCAACGGAACGGAAGCAGCUAGAAAGUAGAAAGUAGAGUUGAGAGAGGUGAAGAAUGAAUCGCAAUCCUAUAUUCCUCAAAUCUUCAACUUGUCGUUAACACUGUUAUCUUGGAUUGGAUAUACAUAAUCAUAAUCAUAUAUCUAUCUGUUACUAUUCGGUGCGGUGAAUGGACAGAGAGCCACCGUCCUCGAGUGGCGGCACUGCCGUCGCUGGAACCACUGCUCCAACAGAAUCAUCAUCAGCACCGCCACAAGAUGCUUGGAUUCACACAUACAAUUCCUUUCUCCCUCUCUGGCCCUCUCUCUCCCACUCUCCUCAGUCUACGAUUCCGAUUACGAUAUCGAGAGUUAACCAGGUUGAUGCUGCAAGAUUGGAUGUGGAAAUGUCCGCCAUGUUGAAAGAGCAGCUUGUUAAAGUCUUCUCUUUAAUGAAGCCAGGAAUGUUAUUUCAGUAUGAGGCCGAGCUUGAUGCUUUCCUUGAGUUCCUUAUUUGGCGCUUCUCAAUUUGGGUAGAUAAGCCUACUCCAGGGAUUGCUCUCAUGAAUCUCAGGUACAGGAAUGAGCGCGCAACCGAAUCCAGACAAAAAGUUAGAACUGGUUUGGAGGGACCAGGACUUACUGUAGCUCAGAAACUUUGGUAUUGUAUUGCCACUGUUGGUGGUCAGUAUAUUUGGGCUCGUCUACAAUCUUUCUCUGCUUUUCGAAGAUGGGGUGAUACUGAGCAGAGGUCAUUAGCACAGCGUAUAUGGAUCUUGCUACAACGCGUAGAAGGGAUUUAUAGAGCUGCUUCAUUUGGAAACUUGUUGAUUUUUCUUUGUACUGGAAGAUAUAGAAAUCUUAUUGAAAGAGCCUUACGAGCAAGGCUUGUAUAUGGGAGCCCGAAUAUGAAUCGCGCAGUUAGCUUUGAGUAUAUGAACCGACAACUAGUUUGGAAUGAAUUCUCGGAAAUGUUGUUGCUGCUUCUUCCUCUACUUAACUCAUCGUCUGUUAGAAAUCUCUUUCGACCAUUUUCUAAGGACAAAUCUUCAAGUUCAGCUGAGGACGACACACUAUGUCCCAUUUGCCGGGCUACUCCAACCAUUCCUUUUGUUGCAAUUCCUUGUCAGCAUAGAUACUGUUACUACUGUCUUCGGACGCGAUGCGCUGCUGCUCCAUCAUAUAGGUGUUCGAGGUGCAGUGAGCCAGUUAGUGCAAUGCAGCGGCAUGGUGGUGCCCCAACGGAAUGAUGAUAUUAUGAGAAGAGGAGAAGGCUUCCGAUAUCUCCAUACAGAAUUAGCAAUAUAAAAUACUGCCUGAAAUUGUGGCUGUAUUCUUUUUUCUUUUUCUUCUUCUGUUUUCUCCAUUAUUAAUUCACAUUUAUUUGCAAAAGGAAUCAUAUUCCUUAUUAGUAUCAUAUUGUCAUGGGUUGAAUGGGGUGUAUGAGCCCUUCCAGCAAUGUCAUCAUACAUAUAGUGCAAUAAACCAGUGGUCUUCCGAGUUUA